AUGUCCAAGAUCAACUUCAAUCGCGCGCCUCCUCCCAACCAACCUAUUAACUUGCGUCCUAGAUACGGUAGACAAAAUCCCUACGAUGCCCCUGACCAGGGCUACGGCGAUAACGGUUAUGGCAACGGUGGCGGUUACAACAGCCCACAAGCUCAGGGCUAUGGUGGUAGCGUCGAAAUGGAGCCCCUUGCUCACAACGGUAGCUCCUUUGCUCAAAGUGACCCCAAUGCUAUUCUCAACGAGUGUCGCGAUAUCGACCGCGGAAUCGACACCGUCGAGCAGAACCUCGAGCAGCUUCGUAUGAUCCAGCAGCGAACCCUCGACGAUGCCGACAGCUCAGGCUCUAGUGCUGCCAACCGUCAGCUCGACUCCCUUUCUGCUGACACCAUGUCGCUCUACCGCGAGCUCACCGAGCGAGUUCGCACCGUCAAGUCCAACCCCGAGGCCAACUCUGCCAAGAACAACCCUCACGUCACUCGUAUUGAUCGUCGUCUCAAGGCCGCCAUUACCCAGUACCAGCAGGUCGAGUCGCAGUUCCGAAAGCGAACCCAGGACCAGAUGGCUCGUCAGUACCGUAUCGUUCGCCCUGAUGCCUCUGAGCAGGAGAUCCAGGCUGCUGUUGAGGACACAACUGGUGGCCAGGUUUUCAGCCAAGCCAUGAUGCAGAGUGACCGCCAGGGUCGCGCUCGUGCGGCCCUGAGCGCUGUCCAAGAUCGUCACCAGGCCCUUCAGAAGAUUGAGCAGCAGAUGGUCGAGCUGGCACAGCUGUUCCAGGACAUGGACACUCUCGUUGUUCAGCAGGAGGCUGCCGUCACACAGAUUGAGCAGAAGGGUGAGGAGGUUGUCGAGAACCUCGACAAGGGUAACGAGGAGAUUGGUGUAGCUGUCAACACUGCCCGCAAGACACGCAAGAAGAAGUGGAUCUGCCUGGGUAUCUGUGUGGCUAUUAUUAUCGUUAUUGUCAUUAUCGUCCUCAUCUACAUCUUUGUUAUUAAGGGACAGAACAACAACAACGGCGGUAACAACAACAAGAGACGAGCCAUCGAGGCCGCCUCUGACGCUAUCAUGCACACAGCUGUCAUGCCGUCUCUAGCUCGUCGCGUUGCUGGCGGCAACGAGGCCGCCUCUCUUAUCAGCAGCGUCGCGGGAAGAAUUCACAUGCCCCAGCUACCGAACAACUAA